UAUAAAUACAGCGACAAUAGCAGCUGAUCGAUUUCAUGGAUCUGAGAAGUUUAAAAGCUGGCAGGGCUCUAAAUGUCGACCUGAAGCUAUAUUUAAUGUCAUAGCGAGACCUCUCUGUAGUCGUUUAUGAGUAUUAGCCGUUAGCAGACUGACAUUAGCGGUUAGCACAGCAUCUCUCCGGAGCUAAACACACUGCUGUCAGCUGUCCACAACAACAAUAACCAGCCAUGGCGAUAAAUAAAGCCAAAGUGGCGGUGGGCUUCAUAGUGGCCGGGGUCCUCAUGGUGUUCUUCGGGGUGGUUUUAACUUUUGUGGGACCGAUAAUCAUCGACGACCAGGUGGUGAAGAACACAGUGAUUGAUCCGAAGAACAGCAUGUCUUACACCAUGUGGAAGGACGUCCCGGUGCCGUUCUUCAUGUCCGUCUACUUCUUCAACGUCCUGAACCCUCAGGAGAUUCUGAAAGGAGAAAAGCCCAUGGUGGAGCAGAAAGGACCCUUUGUGUACAGGAAACGGAUCCAGAAAGACAACAUCACAUUUCACGACAACGGUACCGUGUCGUACCGAGAGUACAGAACGUAUUACUUCGAGCCGACGAUGUCCUCGGGGAACGAGUCCGAAGUCGUCACGAUCCCUAACAUGUUGGUGCUGGGAGCAGCAGGGAUGAUGGAGAGCUUUCCCUACGCCGUGCGGUUGAUGAUCAGCGCUACCUUUAAGACCUUUAAAGAGGGGCCCUUCCUCACGAAGACGGUGGGGGAGCUGAUGUGGGGCUACGACAGCGGCCUGGUGGACUUCCUGAAUAAAUGGCUGCCGGGCAUGCUGCCCACAACGGGGAAGUUCGGCCUCUUUGCUGAAUUCAACAACUCCAACACCGGCCUGUUCACCAUCUUCACCGGAAGAGACGACAUCAGGAAGAUCCACCAAGUCGACUCCUGGAACGGACUGACGGAGCUGAACUACUGGAAGACUCCUCAGUGUAACAUGAUCAAUGGAACAGCUGGACAGAUGUGGGCUCCAUUCAUGACCAGAGAGAGCACCUUACCUUUCUACAGCCCCGACGCAUGCAGAUCGAUGGAGCUUGUGUACCAGCGUGACGGGAAGAUGCAGGGAAUCCCUCUCUUUCGAUACGUUGCUCCCAAAACACUGUUUGCUAACGGGACGGAUUACGCUCCUAACGCAGGAUUCUGUCCCUGCAGACAGUCAGGACUACUGAACGUCAGCAGCUGCAGACACAACUCUCCAGUGUUCAUCUCUCACCCUCACUUCUACAACGCUGAUCCCGUGCUGCUGGACUUCGUGCAGGGACUCAAUCCAACGGAGGAAGAGCACGGCCUCUUCAUAGACAUCCAUCCAAUGACGGGCGUUCCUCUGAACGUCUCCAUCCGCCUGCAGCUCAACCUCUUCAUGAAGACAGUGCCAGGAAUCACAGAAACUGGCAAGAUCGCUGACGUGGUGAUGCCCAUGAUCUGGUUUGAGGAGAGUGGGUAUAUCGACGGUCCGAUCCUCUCCACCUUCCACACCAACCUGGUGGUCCUCCCAGCGGUGAUGGAGUUCAUGCAGUACGGCUUCAUCGCGCUCGGCGUCGCCUCCAUCAUCAUCGCCUCGCUGAUGCACCACAAGUUCAAGAGGGCUCGUACUAAUGUGAAAAUGACUUCCGAAGGACUGGACAACCCCGGGGCGUCCUAUAAAGAGUGGGCUCAAGGUGACCAAGACAAAAAGGAGAAAUGUGACAUACAUAAUGCAGAUAAAUGAAGGUGAAGAUGGCUGCACAGCAGAUGAAAACCCAAACACUUCAACUGGAGAGAAAGACCCUCUGCUAAAGGACCACCACUGACACACACACACACACACACACACACACACACACACACACACACACACACACACACACACCAGUAUCUUGAAACCCUUGGUGCUCGGCUCGUUGUAUUUCAAUGCCAUAUUUUUUACUUUUCUGUAAAGUUUAUGACGCUCUCACUUUCACUCCGAUGAACGUCUUCGGGGGUUCGAGACUUAUUGUGUCUUUACGGCAUAACAAGGUGAAGAUGUCGCCACUUUAAAUACGAAAAACUUUCACAAAGAAACCUCAACAACACUAUUUCAAGAGUUCUCACUUUUCUCCGCUCAGUGUUCGAUGGUCUGAAGCAUCUCAAAGUGUUUUUGGAUCAACGACAAGGGAACUACCGUGCAGAGAAGCUGUGGAUGUUUACGACCAAUGUGCCUUCAUCAAGGAGAAAACACUGCUCUGUAUUUCCUGUGCUUUGAGGACCUCAGAGUUUAUUAAAAAAAUGCAGACUGAAACACUGCUCUGUGGAUCAGGGAGUCGAGCAGAGCGCACACAUUCCUGUUUGUUUACUACUGUCUUCUGUAAAGGUGUGAAUGCAUUUUCUUGACGUGAAUGAUGUAUAAAAUAUGAAGUGAAUGACUGUAGAGAAACCUGGAGGUAAUAAAUGUGCCUUUUGUUUGAAAUCUU